AGCGGCUGUUCUUGGGACAAAGCCGAGUAAGAGACGACUUGCUGCGACGACCCUGAGCAGAAAACGAAGAUGCUUCUUUGUAGGGGAGUCGGUAAUGAUAGCAGGAACACGGUGUGGGAAACGGCUGCAGCCCGUGGAGUGUAUGACAGAAAACACCUGAGGAAGGGGGCAGGAGCCGCAGUGACCCCGGCGCUGGGGCGGGAAGAGGUGACACCUCUGGGACUGCAAGCUAGGGCAGGGAAGGGCGGUCGGGCGGAGCAGCCCCUUGCCGGCUCCGAAGAGCGUAGCUCAGCGCUGCUUCCCCUCCCCGCCAUGCGAGAGCCGCCGGGGCGCUGUAGUUGCCCUCGGCCGGCCUCCUCCCGGCGGCGGAGUCCCCUCCUCCCCGCUGCCUUCGCCGGCGGCGGGGCGGUGACGGGCGGCCGAGUUGCUCGGGCACCGCCGGAGCUGCCCAUGGGGGAGUGCGGAGUGCCCCCCCAGGUCCAGCUCUUUCUCCGCGCCUGCGAGCAGGGCGACUGCGAGACCACCCGGCGCCUCCUGGGGCUGUCCGGCGCCGGCACUGCAGACCCGGCGGCCCCUUCCUCCUGCGGCACCGAGGAGGCAGCGGUGGCGGAGCCCCGCGGAGAAGUAUCCUCCCCACCGGCCUCCGCCGUGCCCGUGGACUGCACCGACGAGGCUGGCAACACAGGUCUGCAGUUCGCUGCGGCGGGGGGCCACGAGCAGCUGGUGCGGUUCCUGCUGCGGAAGGGGGCCUCGGUACAGAGCACGAACCACUACGGAUGGAGCCCCCUCAUGCAGGCGGCCAGGUUUGGACAUCUAAGUGUUGCUCACAUCUUGCUGGAGAAUGGUGCCGAUCUCAAUGCACAGAAUAAGUUAGGAGCCAGUGUCCUUACAAUGGCUUCCAGAGGCGGCCACGUCAGCAUGGUGAAAUUUUUGCUGGAAUCUGGAGCUUAUGUAGACAAUUAUGAUCAUUUUAGCACAAGUGUACUUAACAGCAGCAGAGAAGACUUUCCUGACAUCACUCCACUGAUGGCAGCUGCUCAGCAUGGACAUGAGGCAGUGGUACAUCUGUUACUAGACUGGGGAGCUGAUUGUAAUUACACUGUGAAGACUAUGGGCUGGAGUCCUCUAAUGCUGGCAGCUGUUAGUGGAAAGGUGAGCUUGGCACAGCAGCUCAUGGAGAAGGGUGCCAAUCCUGAUCACCUGAAUGUGCUACAUAAAACACCUUUUGAAAUCUCUGUUGGCUUAAAACACAAAGACAUGAAGGACUACCUGGAGUCUCUCACAACAAUCAGACCCCAGGCAGAUAUUGAAAAGAGGCAACCUGAUGUCUUUCAUGCUUUGAAAUUGGGAAAUUUUCAGCUGGUUAAAGAGAUUGUUGAGGAAGACCCAAGUCAGGUCAAUAUUACUAAUGUUGACGGUGCAUCUCCAUUAAUGAUUGCAGCUGUAACUGGACAGCUGCCCCUUGUUCAGCUCCUUGUUGAGAAAAAUGCUGAUAUUGACAAACAGGAUAAUAUUCAUGGUUGGACAGCACUUAUGCAGGCCACAUACCAUGGAAACAAAAACGUUGUCAAGUGUUUGUUAAAUCAGGGAGCUGAUGUCAAUCUUCGUGCCAAAAAUGGAUACACAGCGUUUGACCUAAUAAUGCUCCUUAAUGAUCCAGACACAGAGCUUGUACGGUUACUGGCAUCAGCAUGCAUGCAAGCAGACAAAGACAAAAAUAAACUGAACAACAGAUCAUCUUUGCCUUGUUCCAGAAGUAGGCAGUCCUUAAAUGUCCCAAUAUUGCCAGAUGACAAAGGAGGUCUAAAGUCCUGGUGGAGCAGGAUGUCCAAUCGAUUCCGCAAGCUGAAGUUGACUCAGACAUUGCGCCAUGGAUUUCCUUCCAGUCAGUUUGCACCUUUUCCUGAUGAGCCUGAACCUCCAUUAAAUUCCACCAUAAAAGCAGUUUCGCAGAGUGACAUAGGCACCUCUGGAAACCUUGAUGCUGCUGCAGCUCGGAUCACAAAUAACAAAGCUAGUGGUGUAAACACUGCAAAAGGAGAAAAGGAUGAUGAAUUAUUGACAACGAUGUUGAGAAGUAGUGCGCCUUUUACCAGGCUGCCCAGCGAUAAACUGAAAGCAGUGAUACCGCCUUUCUUACCACCCUCAAGUUUUGAGCUUUGGAAUUCUGACCGAACACGACUCAGCAAAGAUGGCAAAGCUGAACAGAUGAGAACGGCCUGGCCACAGAGAGCUAUCAAGCAUGAUUUUAACAGCAGUGGGAACUCUGACAUAACAUCUGUUAGCAAAGGUACUAGACCAGUCAAAUUACCAACAUUUGCAAGAAGACCUGCAUCUCCUUCAAAUUCCAACAACUUCAACCAUUCUCCCCAUUCUUCUGGUGGAUCCAACAACAUUGCGGGAAUUAAUAGGCAUGGAGGAGAGCUGCAUAACAGAUCAGGUGGCAGUGCAGAUAAUGUUUUGUCUCAGAUUGCAGCGCAAAGAAGAAAAGCAGCAGGCUUACCUGAACAGAAACCCAACCAGCAGAAUAGUCCAAUCCAGACAACUCCUUCAUCCACUCUGCCUGAUUUGCAGUGUGCUCAAGUUGUUGGCAACGGACACGUUGUAAAGCAAAAACUGGAAAUGAACAAAAGACCUCCAUCUGGGACUUCAUCUACAUCUAAAAGCACAUCACCAACUCUCACACCUUCCCCGUCACCCUCCCCAUCUCCUAAGGUUCACAACACAGAGUCCUCUCUGUCUUCUCACAGACAGGCCAAGAGCAAUGGUUCCAGCAGUGGUACUAUUACAGAUGAUGGCAACCACUUGGUGGAUCAUCAACAGCUUGUCCCUCUUCUGAGAACCAGUGAUGUAGAGAAUCAUGACCGACGAAACCAUGUGAGAAUAAAAGGAGGCUCUGAAAUCUUGGAGAAAGAUGAGCUGACUGGCAUCCUUAAAAAAUUGUCACUUGAGAAGUAUCAGCCUAUUUUUGAGGAACAAGAGGUGGAUAUGGAAGCCUUUCUUACACUUACUGAUGGUGAUCUGAAAGAGCUGGGUAUUAAAACUGAUGGAUCAAGGCAGCAAAUUUUGGCAGCUAUUUCUGAACUGAACGCGGGAAAGGGACGAGAGAGACAGAUCUUACAAGAAACUAUACACAACUUCCACUCUUCCUUUGAGAGUAGUGUUAGUAACACACGACCUCCAGGUCAUUCCCAGUCACCUGGCUGCUCUAUAAAACCACAAGAAGCUGUUUCUCCUAAAAGGUAGCUACUGGAAAAAAAAAAAAAGUUUUUUUCUUGUGGUGGAGUUUGGCCUCUGGCUGAGUAAGUCCAAGUGUACAGAUGGAAAUUUCAAAAGCUAGUCCUAACUACACCUGCAUAGGACUUUCUGCAGUAAUGUGCUUAAAAUUCAAAUCCCGCAA